AUUAGCGCUGUCCCCCCCUCUCUUAUUCCUCUCCGCUAUUCUCUCUCCUCCCUUUGUUUCAAGUUUCAACUACAAAAUCUCUCCUCGAACAUAGAAAAAAAAACCCAAAAAUUAAGUUGGGAAAAAAGAAAAAACUAAUCCGCAUCAAGGUUCGUGCACGAUGGAGAAGGAGAAGGGGGUAAAGCUCUUCGGGGUUCGGAUCGAGGCGUCGCCGGCGGCGGUGGAGGCGGAGGAGGAGGUUAUGAGGAAGAGCUACAGUACCGGGAACCUGGCGUCGUGCACGGCGGCGGUCCGGAGCUCCGAUCACGUCGCCGGCGAUCAUGGGUACUUGUCCGAUGGCGGCCUCGUCCUCGAGAACUCGAGGUCGAAGGCUCGGCAGGAGAGGAAAAGAGGGGUGCCAUGGACGGAGGAAGAACACAGAACAUUUCUAGCUGGCCUUGAAAAGCUUGGUAAAGGAGAUUGGAGAGGGAUUUCAAGGAACUUUGUGACUACAAGAACUCCAACUCAAGUUGCAAGUCAUGCUCAAAAGUACUUCCUCAGAAAAAGUAAUCCAAACAAGAAGAAGAGGAGGUCAAGCCUCUUCGAUGUUGGAAUCAACGAUAAUGAUAUCCCGAAGAAAGUUCAUUUAUUUGGCGACGGAACUAAUUGUCAAUCCAAGGACAAUCACUUGGUUAAUUCGCCAUCUCCCAUUGCUACACCAGCAUUAUUACCCCGAGUCACUGAGCACGUGUUAAAGCAGGGUGCAAACUCCAGGGAUCAAGCAAGCUCAAACUUUGGGCAAGAUUUCCUCCAGCUCUCAUCCGCAAAUUCUCCUUCAGUAGAUAACAGUGAUCUUGAGCUCAGAAUUUCCCCUCCUAAUCAGUCUAAUCUUCUAGCAGGAGCAAUCAGGGUUAUCUAAAUUUUUUAUUUGUGUUAUUCAUAUUAUUAUUACACAAGUUUAUGUAUCUCAAACAUGUUUGGUAAUAAACUUGUGCCUUCUAAUGAAGGGUAUUGGUUUUGUUGA